CAGUUGUUCGCCUGCCGCCGACGCGUUUGGACAUACUCUCUCAAUCGUACAGGAAUUGAAUCAACAAAUAUUCAAACUCGUAGCGAAAUGCGUUCCGUUUGGCUGCUGCUCUGUUUGGGGCUGCUGGCGCUUGGUCAGGUGCGCUCCGAGGAGUCCAUUGCUGAUAUCGACUUGGACGACAUAGCCGAUUUCGAUGAGGACGAUGAGGAGUUUCUGGCCUUGCUGGAGGAGAAGUCCAAGAACAAAGAUGUGGACCGUGAGAAUGAGCUGGCCCAGAAAUUGGCGGAGGUGCAGCAUAACAUACUGAAUCCAGUUGUCGAGGUUGAUCCUUGCGAGAUCAUGCACUGCGGCGCCGGUCGCAUUUGCCAACUGAACAAGAGCAAGCCAGAGUGCGUGUGCAUUCCCGAGUGCCCCGAGGAGUCGGAUGUGCGUCGUCAUGUGUGCACCAACAAGAACGAGACCUGGCCCUCGGACUGCGCCGUCUACCAGCAGCGUUGCUGGUGCGACAUCAAGGAUCCGGGCUGCCGUCAUCCAGACAAUGCGCAUUUGCACAUCGACUACUAUGGCGCCUGCCACGAGUCGCGCGUUUGCGACGGCGAGGAUCUGAAAGACUUCCCGCGUCGCAUGCGCGACUGGCUGUUCAACGUGAUGCGCGAUCUGGCCGAGCGCGACGAGCUGACCGAACACUACAUGCAAAUGGAGCUGGAGGCCGAGACCAACAACUCGCGCCGCUGGGCCAACGCAGCUGUAUGGAAAUGGUGUGACCUGGAUGGCGACACCGAUCGCUCGGUGUCCCGCCACGAGCUGUUCCCCAUACGCGCACCGUUGGUCAGCUUGGAGCAUUGCAUUGCGCCUUUCCUGGAGUCGUGCGAUUCCAACAAGGAUCAUCGCAUCACAUUGAUUGAAUGGGGCGCUUGCCUGGAGCUGGAUGCUGAGGACCUCAAGGAGCGCUGCGACGAUGUCCAGAAGGCAGUGCCGCAUUUACUGGGCUAAGCUGUUCCAUGGUGCCCAAGAUAUUUUGAUUAAUGUAAUUCUUACUAUUACUAUUUUGUGCACAAAGUUUAUUUCAACAAUUAAUUGUCUA